GUUCCCAAUACCGGACCUCUCUGUCAGCGAGUGAAAUAAAUCUCAAAAUAGUUGAGAAAUUAAGUAGGUACAUAAUAUUUCCAACUUUUUAAGUUCAUUUAGUCGAUGUUUUCAUUGUUUUCUUAACUGGCAACAAAAAAGAAAGUGGCCAGUAGUAUGGCAUGUUGGUUGGAUGAAAAAAAUUGUUCCUUUUGAAGAAGUUCAACAUGGCAGGAGAUCAGGCGCAAUUUUAUCAGUUGCUAAAUACUUUACUUUCAACCGAUAAUGAUAUCAGAUCCCAAGCAGAGGACGCAUACAACAACAUUCCAACAGAAACAAAAGUAGUGCACCUAGUGAAUUCAAUUCAAAAUGCAGACAUUGCCGAAGAUGUGCGUCAAACGGCGGCCGUGCUGUUACGAAGAUUAUUUAGUGCAGAAUUCUUUGAGUUCUUCCCGAAAUUGCCAUUUGAGCAGCAGACAGUGCUCAGAGAACAAUUGUUACUCACCCUUCAAAUGGAUCUUUCCCAGUACUUACGAAGAAAGGUUUGUGAUGUAGUCUCUGAACUGGCUAGGAAUCAUAUUGAUGACGAUGGCAACAACCAGUGGCCUGAGUUCCUACAGUUCAUGUUUACCUGUGCCAGUGCGCAAGAUCCAAACAUCAAAGAAGCUGGUAUUAGAAUGUUUACAUCUGUACCAGGUGUAUUUGGAAAUCGUCAGACUGAAAACUUGGAUGUGAUAAAAGGCAUGUUAAUAUCUGCUUUGCAGCCAAAUGAAUCAAUGGCUUUGCGAACUCAGGCAGUUAAAGCUGUAGGCGCCUUUAUACUACUACACGAUAAGGAGCCCAUCAUACAAAAGCAUUUCAGUGAUGUUCUUCUACCUUUGAUGCAGGUAAUAGUUCUGUCUAUUGAAGCAGCUGAUGAUGACUCUGCAUUGAAAGUACUCAUUGAGUUAGCAGAAUCAACACCUAAAUUUCUCCGACCCCAGCUGGAGACCAUAUUCCAAGUUUGCAUAAAGGUGGUUGGGGACAAAGAUGCUGAAGAUAACUGGCGCCAACUGGCACUUGAAGCGAUGGUAACAUUAUGUGAGACAGCACCAGCCAUGGUGCGUAAACAAGUGCCCAAUGCCGUGAGCAUGCUCACUCCACUUGUACUUGAGAUGAUGUGUGAGCUUGAUGAAGAGCCUGACUGGACCAUACAGGACAACACUGCUGAUGACGAUAAUGACCAGAAUUAUGUGGCAGCAGAAUCAGCAUUGGACCGCAUGUGCUGUGGUCUUGGUGGCAAGAUAAUGCUGGGACUUAUUGUGGGACAAGUACCUGUAAUGUUGCAAUCUGAAGAUUGGAAGAGACGCCAUGCUGCCUUGAUGGCUGUCUCCUCAGCUGGUGAAGGGUGUCAUAAACAGAUGGAACAGAUGCUCGACCAAGUUGUUACUGCUGUUCUUAAUUACCUGAGUGACCCUCAUCCCCGAGUACGUUAUGCAGCUUGCAAUGCAGUAGGGCAAAUGUCAACUGAUUUUGCACCAGUGUUUGAAAAAAAAUUCCACAGCAAAGUUGUACCUGGACUUCUGAUGGUGCUCGAUGAUAAUGCUAACCCGCGUGUACAGGCUCAUGCAGCAGCUGCUUUAGUAAACUUCAGUGAAGACUGUCCCAAACCUAUCUUGACUCUGUAUCUUGACCCAUUAAUGAAAAAGCUAGAGGCCGUCCUAACUACAAAAUUUAAAGAGUUGGUUGAAUGUGGUACAAAACUGGUACUCGAACAGAUUGUGACAACAAUCGCCUCAGUUGCAGACACUGUUGAGAAAGACUUUGUCAAAUAUUAUGACAGACUCAUGCCCUGUCUGAAGUAUAUAAUUGCCAAUGCUACUACUGAUCAACUUAAGAUGCUGCGUGGCAAGACAAUAGAGUGUGUCAGUUUGAUUGGACUAGCUGUUGGAGAAGAGAAAUUCAUGUCUGAUGCAUCUGAAGUGAUGGAUUUACUUCUUAAGACCCACACAGAAGGUGAACAGUUGCCUGCUGAUGAUCCUCAGACAUCAUAUCUUAUCUCAGCUUGGUCUAGAAUUUGCAGAAUAAUGGGCAAGAAAUUCUCACAAUAUUUACCGAUGGUUAUGGAGCCGGUAAUGCGUACAGCAGCAAUGAAGCCAGAAGUAGCACUUCUUGAUAAUGAAGAUUUAGAAACCAUUGAAGGAGACCUUGAUUGGCAUUUUGUCACACUAGGCGAACAACAAAACUUCGGCAUUAAAACUGCUGGACUUGAAGACAAAGCUUCUGCUUGUGACAUGUUAGUUUGCUAUGCUCGAGAACUAAAGGAAGCAUUUGCUGAAUAUGCUGAAGACGUUGUAAAGCUAAUGGUGCCCAUGUUGAAGUUUUAUUUUCACGAUAAUGUGAGAACUGCUGCAGCAGAAUCCCUGCCUUAUCUCCUUGAAUGCGCCCGCAUUCGCGGCCCGCAGUAUAUUCAAGGAAUGUGGGCUUACAUAGUUCCUGAACUGCUUAAAGCCAUUGACUCUGAGCCCGAACAAGAAGUGCAAGUUGAACUGCUCAACAGCUUAGCCAAAUGUAUCGAACUUUUGGGCAUGGGUUGCCUUUCUAACAAUGAGAUGAUGGCAGAAGUCUUGCGUAUUCUCAACAAACUAUUAACUGAACAUUUCGAACGGGCUACUGAAAGGCGACAAAAGCGUGCCGACGAAGAUUAUGAUGAGGUCUUAGAAGAACAAUUAGCUGAUGAAGAUAAUGAGGAUGUGUACAGUUUGUCUCGCGUAGCAGAUGUAUUACAUGCGCUCAUGUCUGCUUACCGCGAUUCGUUCUAUCCUCAUUUCGACACGUUGUUGCCCCAUCUUGUGCAGCUACUUGCGCCUAAUAGGCCUUAUUCUGAUCGCCAGUGGGCCAUUUGUAUUUUUGAUGACAUAAUAGAAUUCGGAGGUAAGUCAUUUUGUCACAGCCGAAAUAAAAUCGUUAAUAGUUUAUAUGCUCUGAGACAGAUGUUAUUCACUGCAGGUCCUGCUUGUGUGAAGUAUCAAGAUAUAUUCCUGGAGCCAAUGUUGAAUGCAUUACGUGAAUCUGAACCGGAAGUGCGUCAAGCCGCGGCCUACGGUUGCGGCGUGCUAGCACAGUUUGGUGACGUACAGUUUGCAGCCGCCUGCGCACGAGCUGUACCUCUUUUGGCCGCCAUUGUCGCAGAGCCGGACGCACGCUCUCUUGAAAAGAUCAAUGCAACUGAAAAUGCUAUAUCUGCCGUCGCUAAAAUUAUCAAAUACAAUCAUUCGCAAAUAAAUAGGGAUGAAAUCAUCACGCAUUGGCUGACAUGGUUACCGGUGACUGAAGAUACCGAAGAAGCGCCUCACGUGUACGCCUUAUUAUGCGAGCUCGCGAGCAGCGGACACGGCGCUUUAUCGACACCUGAUGCCCCGCAACGUGUGCUGGCCACACUCGCCGAAGCGUUUCGCGCCGACGCUGUACCAAACGAUAACCCUGUCUAUGCGCAAAUGGUUGCAUUACUUCGACAGAUACAGGUAAAUAUUAUUGUUAAUUGUUAUUAUUAAUAUAAAUUUAAUAAAUAGGUAUUGAUUGGUUCGUUAAUCACCUCAGAUAUUUGGGUUUUAUUCUUGAACUGAGUCACUGUUUUGAUGAAGGAUGAGGUUGGUUGAUUGGUUUUGAGAUGAAUGUGUUCUUGUCUGGUAUGUAUUUCUGGCACCAAUUUAUGUUCCAUGUCUUCUGUUAUUUUUGAUUUUAAAUAAACAUAAAAAAAUUACUUCAAAUAAAUACUUUUUCCUUUUCAGUCAAAUGCCGAAUUAUUUAAUUCAUGUCUCAUGACUUUAAGUAACGACCACAAGGAAGCUCUUCAGAUAGCUCUGUCCACAUAGUAACGACGCCCUAUCGACGCCCUGCACCUUAUUCUGGCUACUCCCGCUACUUAUAAAUUAUUGCACGUUAUUUUAAUGGCAUAACAUGUAUUUAUUGUGAAAGCUCAAGGAGCUGAUGACUGUUCAUGGAAUUAUUGUUAUAAUUAUAAAAUUGUCAAUACAUCACUCCAUUUGUUAAUUGUUUUCUUUCGAGAAGAAUAAUAAUAGUUUUCAUAUAAGUGCUUAUAUUGGGCUGAUUCGAAUUGCUGUGAUAUACCUUACCGGUUUAUGCCUGGUGAAAUGGUGCGAUUGCAUUUCUCCAUAUUUACGGUCAUGUCAACAGUUCCGUGAUUGUACAUAUUAGAAGUUCGAAAUGACGAAAGAUGGCCUGAUUUGACAAAAUCGAAACUGAUAACGCACUACGUUAUGUAGUAUGUUAUGCUGCUUUGUUAAUAUCUACAUUAUUGCUUGGAGUGUGUACAUACUAUUUUGGUUAUAAUUUAUUGAAGUCUUAAUACAAUAAUAUGCAGCGUUGCAUUAUAAUCUCACUGUUGAAAAUAAACAAACUGUUAGUUGUAAAUUGGGCUGUCUACCUACAUUUGAUAAAAUUACUACACGGAGAACUAGGUGGUCAUUUCAGCAAAACUUCGUGUUUAUUAAGAAGUAAUUUUAUUCAAUUAUAUAUGUAUUGUAUACACAUAUUUGUUUAAACAAAAAAUAAAAAUAUUGACAUUA